CAUUUGAUUUCUUUUUUUUUUUUUUUUUUUUGACUACUAAACUUAUUUCAAACGAAGUUUUUCUCCUUUUAUAAUAUAUCUCGUACUACGACGUUACAUCGAACGAUUUUAUAAAUUACACAUAUAUUGUUUUUAUAAUAAAAUUAAACAAGUUAAAUUAUUAUAUUUUUUUAUAUUACAUACUUACACGAUUUACUUGGCACGUUUAUCAUCCGAUGUAUCGCAGUAUGGUCAAAAGUAGUUCCUGAUUUAUCCGCGACGGAGUAACAAUGUGGUGAUCUCCUAGGGAUUUUUAAAAUAUCACUAACAUUACGCAACCACGUCUCGAAGAGAGAAACGCUUAAAGAAGGAACGCUUAGACAAGGAAAUUCUUUAAGCGUAAGUUAUAAAUACAGAGCGAUUUCUCUUUUCAUAUUACGAUUUAUAUGUCAUCUCAGUUCGUGUGUGAAUUAUAAAAAAGAAAUCUCAUUGAUUGUUACUGUUAUCUUUUGUCGAAUUAAACGAAGUCUAUUUACUGUGUAGUCUUUCGAUUUGGAAAAUUUGCCAUCAUGGGUCGUAUGCACGCACCAGGGAAAGGUAUAUCCCAGUCAGCUCUACCUUAUCGUAGAAGUGUACCAACUUGGUUAAAGUUAACUCCUGAAGAUUGUAAAGAACUUAUUUAUAAACUAGCAAAGAAAGGAUGUACUCCAUCUCAAAUUGGUGUUAUACUUCGUGAUUCUCAUGGAGUUGCCCAGGUAAGAUUCCGUACGGGGAAUAAAAUACUACGUAUUAUUAAAAGUAUGGGACUUGCUCCAGAUUUACCGGAAGAUUUAUAUCACCUGAUUAAAAGAGCAGUUGGUAUUCGGAAACAUUUAGAAAGAAAUCGCAAGGAUAAAGAUAGUAAAUUUCGAUUAAUUCUUGUUGAAUCGAGAAUUCAUCGUCUUGCAAGAUAUUAUAAGUCAAAGGGUUCACUUCCACCUAAUUGGAAAUACGAGAGUUCUACAGCCAGCGCUUUGGUGGCUUAAUCUAAGUCUCUUUAUUAAUAAACAACUUUCGUGUCGAUUUAUGUACAUUUGUAAAUAUAUUCUUUUUUUUUUUUCUUUUUUUUUUAAUUAUUUUUAAUCGAUACUAGUCCAAUCAGACUGCCAUUUAUGACAAUCACUUUUUUACUGUAGUAAAAAUGUAUUUCGUAUUAUAUCAAAUCACCGAAGUGUCGACUAAAUAAUUUUUCGAUUAAUAAUCACAUAAAAUCGACCGAAAAUUAUGAAUUAUUAUCUUAAAUCUUUUGUCUGCAUAAGAACUACUAUACAAAUAAUAUUAACACAAUAUCAUUAACAUAAGCAUAACUUUCAAUCAUCGAUGAGAAACGAGCUUUAAGUAUAAUAAUCAAACUUUUAUAUAAAUUGUUGUCACAUAUUUAUUUUAUAUUGAUAUAAUUAAUAUAAUUCUAGAAUUCGUAACGACUAAUGACAAUGCCAAAAAAAUAUUAAUUAUUUAUGAUCUUGUAAAACGCGCGGAACAUGUAUUUUUCACGUAAUAUUGUAUAAUAAGCGUCUUUCUAUUUUCAUAUUUAUUUUAUUAUAAUAUAUGUUAUCUUUAUUGUUUUAUUUUUUUAAGGUGAAAUAUUACUAUUGGAAUACACGAUAUUUGCGCAGAGAAUUAUUUUAAAACUCGAUAUAUUGUUAAUAAUAUAUUUUCUUCUAUGUAUUUUAUUUCUUUUUAUCUUUGUUUUAUUAUCCAUUCUAUUACAGAGAUAUAAAAUAUUUAAUAGAUAUAAAUCUUGGACGGAUUAUUAACUGCUUAUUAUUACACAAUAUUAUCAACACUGCUAGUGUGAUAUGCAUUACAGGUAGUCUUGUAAGAAAAUAACUUUCUUAAAGGAAUGUAAUAUAUAUAUAUAUAUAUAUAUAUA